AUGAUGGUUGUUGCUAUUGAUGCUGUCGAUGGUGAUGAUGAUGAUGAUGCUAGUAAUGGUGGUGAUGAUGAUGAUGAUGAUGAUGAUGAUGAU